GCAGCUAUACCCACAAUCCUUUGCGCCACGGAAGCUGGCACAACACCGGUGCACAACUCAGUGUGGCUGCUCUGCACAGAUUGCUACGUUUCAGCUAAACCCGACGUUUUUGUCCGUCUGAGGAAGCACAGGAAGUGUCUGUCAGAAACAGCAGCCGUCAGCAGCUUUGUUAGAGGCUCCUGUCACCGGGGAAAAAACAUGGCUCAUCUCGCAAAGCUUUUCAAAUAUGUGGAUGAACACCAGGACCUAUAUGUGCAGCGCCUUGCUGAAUGGGUGGGCGUCCAGAGUGUGUCUGCUUGGCCUGAGAAGCGUGGGGAGAUUAAGAAGAUGAUGGAGAUGGCCGCUAAAGACAUUGAGAGACUGGGAGGGACAGUGGAGUUGGUGGAUGUGGGCAAACAGAAGCUUCCCUCUGGAGAGGAGAUCCCCCUACCUCCUAUCAUCUUGGGUCAUUUAGGGUCAGACCCCUCUAAGAAGACAGUUUGUAUUUACGGUCACCUCGAUGUGCAGCCGGCAAACAUCGAUGAUGGCUGGGACACAGAGCCUUUCACUUUGGUGGAGAAAGAUGGUAAGCUUUAUGGAAGAGGAUCCACUGAUGACAAGGGUCCAGUGUUGGCCUGGUUUAACUGCAUUGAGGCCUAUCAGAAGAUUCAGCAGGACCUUCCCAUCAACAUCAAAUUCUGCUUUGAGGGGAUGGAAGAAUCUGGAUCUGAGGGUCUGGAUGACCUGGUGUUUGCACGAAAAGACUCCUUCUUCAAAGAUGUGGACUACGUCUGCAUCUCUGACAACUACUGGUUGGGCAAGACCAAACCCUGCAUCACCUACGGUCUGAGAGGAAUCUGCUACUUUUACCUCCAGGUGGAGUGCUGUGAAAAGGACCUACACUCUGGCGUGUUUGGUGGCUCUGUUCACGAGGCCAUGACUGACCUCAUCGCGCUCAUGGGCAAGAUGUUGUUCUCCACAGGCUCCCUGGUUAGCACCAAGGGGAAGAUUUUAGUUCCUGGGUUAUCCGACGCUGUAGCCCCUCUGACAGAUGAAGAGAAAAAACUGUAUGAAAAGAUUGAUUUUGACCUGGACGAGUACUGCAAAGAUGAGCAAAUUCUAAUGCACCGCUGGAGGUACCCAUCUCUGUCUCUUCAUGGUAUCGAGGGAGCCUUCUCAGAAGCGGGAGCAAAGACUGUUAUCCCACGUAAGGUCAUUGGCAAGUUCUCCAUCCGCCUCGUCCCUGACAUGGACCCCAAAGUUGUGGAGAAGCAGAAGAAGUUUGCUGAACUGGGGAGUCCCAACAAACUGAAAGUGGAGUCAGGUCAUGGGGCCAAGGCCUGGGUGUCUGACUUCAACCACCCUCACUACAUGGCGGGUCGAAAUGCCAUGAAGACAGUAUUUGGUGUUGAGCCUGACCUGACUCGUGAGGGAGGUAGUAUUCCCGUCACCCUCACCUUCCAGGAGGCCACAGGCCGAAAUGUUAUGCUGCUCCCUGUAGGCUCCUCUGAUGAUGGAGCCCACUCCCAGAAUGAAAAGAUCAACAGAUCAAACUACAUCCAGGGAGUCAAGAUGCUGGGGGCGUACUUCCACGAAGUUUCACAGCUGGAAUAAACAGAUGUCUCAUUCAGAGAAUGAUGUCCAUCCUCACUAUCAAAGCCAUAAUCAUUUUAGUACAAUUUACCUUCCAGAGUUGAAAAUUUUCUACACACCUCUAACAAUAAAGAGUUUUUCUUUGUUAGUCUGUGUUGUUCUGUUUGAUUAAUGGUCAAAAGUUAUCUGUAAAUAAAAUGUAAUACCUCUGCUGUUGUUUUCAUCUGCUGAUUGUAUAUCCCUUAUUGCCAGGAUAUUUGAUUUAUAAUUAUAAACCUAGUUUAUAACUAGGUUAGCUGAAAAUAUACCUCAGGUUAAUUUAAGUGAUUAAACAUGUAGGCUUAAAUGAAAAAAGAAUCCUUCUGCAGUAAAACUGAUAAU